AUGUAUCCCAGCCUCCGACUAACUCGCUGUCUUCUCCGACUCCAAAGUGGGCUUGACGCCAAUAUCGGUGCCACAACCAACAUGCAGCGCAGAUCACCUGAUCACGACGAGAGCUCUGCCGAGCUAUUUCCCACUGGCCUCGCCCGGACCCCCACGUUCCUCGGGCUACCAGCCGAGCUUCGAAACAGGAUCUACUCCUACCUCUUCGAAUCCUCCGAUUCAGUCUGUAUUGCAUUCCACCGUGAUACUGGAAGCCGUUCAUCUAAGCUCGCAUUAUCCUUUCGCUCAGAAACACCUUUUCCCCUUUCGCUCUUCUUAGCUUGUCGGCAAAUCAAUGCGGAAGCAUCAUCAGUCUUUUACUCGAAUAACACGUUUCUGCUGCGUGUUCGGGGCAAUUCACGUAUCUGGGUUUGUUUCAUCGAUGCUUUAUUGGUCUUUCUGGACCGGGUAGGGACACGAGCAUGUCUCAUCCGGAACUUUGCGGUCGAUAACAUCAACUUCUGUACGCGCAUCUGCCAUCGCGAAUAUCUGGAUUGGAAUAAAGAGCUGUUCGACCAGGAUAGUUGUAUUGUGGAAGUAACAAGUUUACUCCGCAUGGUCUGGUCCCGCGGUCUACGGGUUCAACGAUUGAAAGAUUAUGGGAGCUUAGUCUGCGGUGUUGCUGUCAGAUAUGAUGGUUCAGGUGGUAUGAUCAGCUGGGGUAGCUCACCACCGCCCGGUAUCUACAACGCAGCCUGGCCACGAUACUAUCCACACACAACUACUCCCUUCACCAAUACUAUCACAGGCACCGGAGAUACGGAGCUCAAACUCGUUCCACGAUUCACACCCACGCUGCUCAGCCUCCCCAAAAGCAUACGCUCAUACAUCAGAGACCUCGUCGUCUUCCCCCCUGGCGAAAGCACAGAGAUCAACGUCGAUAUCAUGACGGCAUUUCCACUGGGUUUACCACAUGUAAACAAGCAACUUUACGCUUCGCUUUGGCCGGCGAGUUUACUAGCACAUAGGAGCUACGUAUUGCGGACUUGCACCACCAAUACCCGCAGCGACUUCAACGGUUUUAGUAAUUUACGACGCCUACUGAAUAAAGCCAUCACUUACACCCCACCGCAUGGUACGCCCGUUGUUGUGACGCUAAAACAUGGGUAUCCGGGUAUCGAAAAGAUAAUCUUGGAGUUUAAUCUCAAGAUAGGUGUAGAGUUUAACGACUUGAGGAUUAGUAUUUUACCACUGGUGAGGGAGACAAGGGGAAUAUUCUCUAGAUACAAGGAAGUCAUUGUGAGAAUAUGCUAUGGGAAUGACGUGAGGGAAAGAAGGGUCAGUUUGGAGAAGCUCAGAGGAGAAGUUCUUGGUGCGUUGGAGAGUGUAUCCGUGUCGGAAGGAGACACGGAACAACAUGUUUGGAUUAAUGGGUUAGGGGAGUUGAUUGAGGUAGUCGCUGAACCGGUGGCUGGUGGAUAG